CAGCGCUAUGAAGACAGUAUAGGGUUAGUAGAGGAACACUUCAGGCAUUUCCAUCGAGUUAGACGCUCUACAGGUCAGCUCAAAAGGCAAACAUGGGUGUUUACAAUGAAAAGGGGGAAACUGUUGAUGAAUCCAAAAACUGCGCCAUGUUACCUCCAGAUAAACCUAACGCUCCUCACCACCGAAGCAGGGCUUGCAAGACAGUUCCAUAUGAUGAGGUGGUGUUUGCAGUUGGAGGCUGGAGUAUAAAUGACCCUGCAUCCCGAGUGGAGUGUUACUACCCCCAGAUCCAUGAGUGGAAGGUGAGGGCACCAAUGGUGAAACGCCGGCGCGACGUGGCUGUUGCUGUACUUGGUGACAUGAUAUAUGCUGUGGGAGGUCACGAUGAAAUAUCCUGCACCAGCAGUGUUGAAAGGUACGACCCCAAAUCAAACACGUGGAGCAAUGAUGUGGCCUCAUUGAGCAGUGGGCGCAGUGGCGUGGGGUUGGCUGCUAUGGGAGGGUAUCUCUACGCCAUCGGUGGAUAUGAUGGCAUCACCUGCAUGAACAUGGUGGAGAGAUAUGAUCCUCAAGUGAAUAUGUGGUUUAAAGUUGCUCCAAUGAGCUCCAGACGCAAAGGGGCUGCAGUGGCUGUGUUAGAUGGGUACCUGUAUGCCAUCGGAGGCUCUGACGAGGAUUCAGCUCUUAACACAGUGGAGCGUUACAAUCCCACGGAGGACUGCUGGUCUCAUAGCCCCUGCAUGGGGGCUUGGAGAGAGAAUCCAGGCUGCUGUGUGUUUCAGGGUAUGAUCUACAUUGCAGGGGGGCGUGAUGAAGUGCUCCAGCUCUGCACUGCCGAGCGCUUCGAUCCACAAAACAACAGCUGGUCUCUGGUCAAACCAAUGAGGUGCAAACGAAACCAGGUGGGUCUUGCAGUUGUUGGUGGAAUUCUGUUGGCUGUUGGUGGUUUCGAUGGAACCACUUACCUGAAAUCAGUUGAAGCGUAUAGCUUGGAGACAAACACAUGGAGACACUAUGGGAGUAUGAAGUGCAAGCAUCCAGGAGGUGGAGUCUGUGUGGUGAAGAUGGAGCAGUGCGAUUCUUUGAUCUCCUGAACAGAGCUAGGGAAUGAAAACACGCAAGAAGAUUCACUUUAAGAGUCUAAUAUCAGACCUUGCAUACUUGCAUAGUUUCCACUGUAUUUGUACGAUGAAUAAAGAGAUCACUAUUGUGCAUCACCCCCAUGGUUACAAUACCAGCUGGAUAGCAUAGAGCUAAAGGCUGGCGGUAUUAAGAUCUGCUGCUUUUUAGAUCAUUAAAAUACUCAAAUGUGACCUAUUAUCGGAAUUUAAUUAUAUACUGUAUAUUUUUUUCUUUGUAAAUUAGGUCAUAAAUGUGUUAAUACUUUUGAAGUAUUCUCGCUAAUCGGAACUACUCGAUACGAGACCCUGUUCACAUUAGUAAUUUGAGCAGUGCUCACUGUAACCUGAGCCACACUUUCACUGAAGGUAUCAAUACGCACAAGCUUGAAUAAACAUUUGAACUGUAUCUGAAGUAGCCCAAAAGCAUUUCCAGAACAAUGUAUCACAGUCCAUCACCUGCGAGACCUCAGCCAAAAACCUGCUUUGGGCUGAGGUCUCGCUGCUGAUGUACUGCUAUAUAUUUGUUCUGCACAGGCCAGGCCCCCUUCUGACCCUUUGAGGAGAACACUACGCACAGCAGCCUAUUUUUUCACAGAAACGGCUACAGUACCAAUACUUGCAGAAAUGAACUAGUCUAUUGCCUUGUUUGUGUUUUUUACAUGACUACCAACUACUCCAAUGUUGCUCAUUUUGAGGUAUUUUUACAUCAGCAAAGUAUUUUAAUGUGAGCACCACGUUUAAACAGCUCCAGUCUUCAGUACGUUGUUUAGCAUCGGUGAUAAAUAUCAAAGACGAUAUUGUUUAAACACGGUGCUCACAUUAUAACAUGUAUGCAAAAUAGUGAAAAAUGUACUUGAAAUGAGCAAAACUGUACUUCUGGUACUAGUUACAUAGGUUGCUAUUAAAAUCAAUGAAAUACUCGUGUAUAUGUGCAAAUUUCGAAGAAACACUAAUAUAGCAAACAUGCUUAUUCAUUUGAAAAAUUAUAUUUGGUUUUAUAUAUA